AUGGGCAGCGCUGAGGAGAGAGAUUGGGUUGAUGUUGCCAAUGAUCUUCUAAGGAGCUGUCACAUAAACAAGCACAUAAAGCAUCUCUCAGAAUGUGGUGCUGAUGUCUUUGUUCGUCUUUACGAGUCAAUCUUAGGAGAAAAAGUACCAGAUUUCAUAGCUACUCCUAGAAGCCAAGAGGAUGAUGCCCAUAAUGUACAAGCAGUAAUAGAUUCCCUGGCAUUGGACUAUUUGCAGGUCAGCUUGUCGCACAUCACUGGUGAAAACAUUGUGAAAGGAGAAAGGGAAUCUAUCAGAAACCUCCUUGAAAUAUUUGAUGGUUUGUUAGAGUAUCUUACAGAAGUAGACAGUGAAUCUUCUUCUCAGAAUGGAGAUGAGGCAAAUGUGCUAUCCAAUAAUGAAAUUCAAAUUGCAUCUCAAGAGCAGCUGGAAAGCAAUGCUGGCCAACUUACGCAACCUUCAAUAUUCUCAUCAGUUGAAGGGUCCCAGUCAGAAUUUUUUGUUCCAUCUUGUGAUGUAGAUGGAUCAGAAUCUACCAGUGAAUUAAUUAGACUUGGAGAUACUGCUCAUUCAUUUUCCAAGAGAGAGGAAGAAUUCCAGUUGCCUAAAUUGUUGCCAGCAGAAAAGGACAAGAAGGUGGAAGAAUCUAAAAACUCGGAGGCUAUUGCAACAGUACCUAGACCAUUCCCUGAAACUGGAAGGACCAUUACAAAGGGAGAAGACGGGUCAGUGGAGUCUGUUCAUACUACUGAACCUCAAAAAGAGAGUUUGAGUGCCAGUGCUACAAUACUUGGGGAGCCUAUACAGCAAGCUAUUCCUUUGCUACCACCAUUUCAGCCUUCAGAAGCCAGACCUCAUUAUUCUGGAUGGAGAGAUUAUCAGAGCUCAGGCAGCCAGUCAGCAACUUUGGCUAACAGUGAAGGAUUGAAAACUCCUGCUCUUGAAAAGUCACUUACACAAAAAUUUGAAGAUGUUUCUGGCACAGUUCAACCUAUAACAUCAACUAACACCUACCUGUCAUUUGCUUCUGCAGUGGGAGACAAGAUGGUAUCAAAUGAUGCUGAGGACAAUGUGGCAAAGGUUCCCUGGGUAUAUGGGACUUCAUCUGCUUCCUCUUUACAUCAAAAACUCUUACUACAUGCUGAAAAAGUAACACAAAGUCCAAUACCUGAAUCUAGAUAUCUGCCUAGAAAGAAAAGAUAUAAAAAUUCUACCACAGAUUCACUUGAAGAGUCUCUUUCCCACAAAACAACAAAGGAAAAGCCAUCUGACCAAGAGCUUCAUAAAGUAUCAGAAAAACUCUCUCGUGGGUUAAAUGAGCUCGAUUUAAUGUUAGAGAGAGCUUUGAGUGGGCACACCAGAGAAGAAGAGUUGACAGAUGAAGACAACCUGUCUCAGCACAGUGACAGCGUCAUGGAUUAUCGCCGAAGGAAAGGUGAACAAGACACACCACAUCUAAGAUACCCAAGCAGACCCCGAUCCCUCUCUCCAUCCUCACCCUCAUCUCAGCAUCAGCUCUUUUCUGAGUUGGAAGAUAAACUUUGCAGUAAUGGAACAGGCCAAAUAAGGAAAAUACGCAGCCAGUUGCAAAAAGAAAGGGAUGAAAGGACAAAAAAAGCAAAGAUGGUUGAUAAAGCUUAUGAAGAUGAACUAAGAAUUUAUGAAGCUAGGGAGAGGCUUAGACUUUCCAAGCUCAGAGAACUCAUCAAGGAAAUGGAACAAGAAUACAAAGAAAACAUCUUUAAAGAACCUCCAAAAAUGCCUCAGCCAGUGAAAGUUUAUUCUAGAAAAACCACACCUUGGAAUCCCAAAUACAGCCAGUGGAUUCCAAAACGAGGGACUAUGAAGCCAAAGAAAGCAGCUCCAAUGAAAGUAAGAGAUGAUGACCUCCUAUUUCAGCUACUGGAAGAGUUUCCCCACCUGCAUAUUUCCCACCAUACUAUGAAUAAAAUGUGGCAGCAGCAGCUUGCACAUACUGAACAACUUAAGGCAGCUUCUGGCAGAACUAGACCAAAACUCCAAAGUGAAGUUCAACAAGCCCUGAAGAAGCAUGAGCUUCUUGUUGCAAUUAUUAAAAAAGAUCAAGACCAUAACAAGAGACUGCAAGAAUUUAAGCAACGUAUCUGCCGACAGAAAUGGGCUCAGAAUAAAGUGAGAGAGAAACGCCAGCAAGUUGCUCGAGCCAGGAAAUAUUAUGAAGAUUACCGGGUUCAGCUGCGUGCCAAGAUGAUGCGGGCUAGGACACGGGAAGAAAGGAUAUUUAAAAACUUAUUUGAAGAAGGCUUAGAAAUUCAGAAGCAAAGACUGAAGGACCUGAGAGCAUAUGCUCAUGAGAAGCGUACUGAGCAAAAAAGAGCGCACCAAAAUGAGCUGGAGUCUAUGGAGAACUAUUACAAAGAUCAGUUUUCCAUGCUAGCAGAAGCUUUAUCUCAAGAACGCCAAGAAAUCCAAACCAGAGAGAAAGCACAAGCACAAAUGCUACAGAAAGCAAAAAGAGAAUUGAGAUCCAGGAUGGAAAAGGAAAUACAGCAUCUGCAAGCAGCAAUAAUGCAAAGUGAUGAUGACACCUUUUUUCAAGAGCUAGAAGCAGACAGACUGAAAUCCAGACUUCAGCUGGCUUCCUUUCAGUAUAGCAAAAACUGUUUCUUGUAA